AUGAGCAUUCAUAUUGCAGCUCCAUUUCACACCGCAGUCAACUACCUUCAAAACUUCUACCAAGCCUUCGUUCUCGCCAAACCACCCUGCCUUUGCAGCCCAAUGCCUGAAAGCCUUGAGGAGCUCAAGAAUUAUACUGAGAAAAGCCUCGUCGAUGCGCUGCCCAUCGGUCGACAAAGGCAAUGGCUGCUCUCAGUCCAGGUACUCUGGCUCCUUAGGUUGAGGGUCCCUAGUGAUCGCAGCCUUAUUACUUUCGCGCUAUCUCAAUGGCGCACGCAUCAUGGGGAUGACAGGGAAGACCAAGAAAUUAGAGCGAUCAGCCAGCGGUUCUAUAUCAAGCUCAAGAAGCUACAAGUUGAGUUUCUCGUCACCAGUAAGAGUAUGGAUGAGGGAGCAAUUCCUUACAUGGUCAUGGACCCUGCUAAUACUGCUGUGUCUAUUUUGAUCUAA